CACAGGACUGUCAGCUGUGACUGAGUGCAGAAGUGCACAUAUGUGGAGGUAAAACUCAAGUUUUGACACAUUGAUUUGUCCCCGGAGGUCUGUUUAUCUGCAGCCAGAGAAAACAGAGGAACAUUCACAGGAAGUGGAGGCGACUGCUGCUAUCUGGGAAUAAUAGAGGAGUGUGGAAGAAGUUGUUUCCUAAAGACUGAAAAAUGGGCAGUGAAUACCAAUCACUGACUUCAGCAGAGUCGUGCAGGACUUUGAUUUCAGAGACCUCCGAAUGCUUCAUAUGCAGGGACGGGGAAGUUAAAACUGGUGAGCCACUGAGCCAUUUCUGUGACUGCAAGAACUUACUGGCCCAUCACAUGUGCCUAUCUACGUGGAUCCAGAGGGGAUGUGGGAGUGAAGACAGGCUGCGAUGCCUCAUCUGCAAGGCCGAGUAUGAACUCCAGCGGAGUUCCCCGUGGCGGUCGGUGAGCAUCCAGUGGCAGACGUGGCUCGUGCUGAUCACCGCCAUCGUUUCACUGGGACUCGUGUCCUACGUCGUCCACUGCAUGAUGACGGCCUUCACCAACCCUCCUCCUCCCGUCACAUUCAAAGUGGCAGCAGUGUCUUUCGGUUUACUGACAGAGCUCCUGCUCCUCAAGUGUCUGUUGAGUUACCUCAGCGCUCGCUACAGACGGGCCGAGCAGAGUUCCUUCACCGUCCAGCCCAGAAACAAACCACCGCACUGGUCUGGACAGCCCUCGCCUGCAGCUGCUCAGACUUUAUCACCAGCUUCCACCAGGCAAGACGAAAAGAACGUGGACGUGAUGAAGCACAGAUGUCUCAGCCUUUACUGAAAGUAAACAAGUUUACAGGAGUCAGCGUGAGAGUAAAUCUUUAGGGUAUUAGAUGCGUCUAAAAGCCAUUCAAGGUGUUGCAUCAGUAUAUCAGAGUGGCAUUUAUGAUAUUAUGCUUUCAAACCUAUUUCUUUUAGGUGUGAAACAUCCUUGUUUUCCUCUAUAUUAAACCUCACACUCCUACUUUGUUCAGUGAGUGCAUGAUGAGUUGCAAAUUAAUGAUAAAAAGGAGAAUGCAUGCAGCUUGCAUGAGUGUGUUAAGCCUCAGAGAGGAAAAAAAAAGCUGAAAUCACUCUCUUCCCCUAAUGAUGCCCACACAGAGACAAUGGGGCGCCGCUCUGAUUAGUGUCACCUGUCCUUGUGCAUCUCAUCAGCUCCAUUAUGGCUCCAUCUCCCAUGCUUUUUCUGCUAAUUGAAUAGCCCGUGAAGUGGUGAUGAGGACGGGGGCGAGAGCAGCGUCUGUCCCGCUGCUGCUUCAGAAAUGAAAGGAAAGCUUCCCAGAGAGACACGAGCUGUGCAAACAUAAACCAUUAUCAAACAGAUAAAAAACAAGUAGCCCUCAUGUUGUAUUACUAUCACAUUGACUACAGGUUACUUUCAUGUGUAACGGCUUUGAAUUUACAGCUGCUGCAUAUUUGUCUGUUAAAUGUAGGAGCUACACAUUCUCACAAAUGUCCAGAGACAACAACAAUAGUUAUGAUAAUAAUUAAAACAACAAGAUUCUGUUAGUCAAUAUCUAUUAUCAAAGACCAACAUCAUGUCAAUUUAUUAUACAUUCACGCACAUUUUAAUUCCUGUUUUAUAUUUAAAGGAAGACAUAAAUAUGAAACAGAACCUUAUAUUUCACCGUCAAUGACUCAGUUUUACAUCAUUCCCCAGAAGUGCAGAAUAAGAAAUAAAUAUAUUUUGUUAUAUUCUAUGAUCUAAUAAAACAUUAGAUAAAGUACUUUUUGAUUAAUAAUUGGUUUGUGUCUGGCAGAUAAACCUUUGUGAUCACAAAAAAGCAAAGAUAACCUGAAAGUAGUUGUGGAUGUGCAAAUGGAAAAAAAAAAGACAUGAUUAUGGGUUACGACUUCCAAGUUCAUGACGCACUUAAAGCAGCAUGCAUCUCAAACGUGUACAGAGUAUUGUAAUAAGAAAAAUGCUCACAAAUCUGCUGCAUAGCUUCUUCUGCACUUUUGGAUCCCUUUCAGACUUCGGUCUUAAUGUUACAUUUAGAGCCGAUAGAAAAUGUUGCAUUCAGGACUCUUUUUUUCUUAUUGAUGUGUUUUUUUAUCAGAUUUUUAUUGACUCGUGUACAACAGUAAAUGAGACAUGUUUAAAGGACUUUUCUUCCACAUGUUUGAUGAUUAUUCUAGUAUUUUACACUGAUGUUUGUUGUAAUUUAUGCAUCACGGUGAUGGCUCCGACUAUCCCAGAUGAAAGCACCUUAUAGGAGACGAACGUCAAGGGAGUCUUUUAACAGACAUUUGCUGUAAUACGUUGAUGAAAUAAUUUGUCUAGAAAUACAUGCAUAAAUCGUAGUACUACAAGUUACGCGCUAGGUAAGGACAACUCAUCUAUUUAUUGCUCACAGACUGGUCAUGGUACAGUGUGGCACAUCCAGAUCAGGAAGAUGUGGGUGGUCCUGACAACUCUCUCCAGAGCAACAGUCGUCCUGAUAUAACUUUUCCUUUUAGUCUGCAAAGCAUGUAUCCUCUGUAAACUACUGCAUAGGAAACAGUCCUGUCCAUAAAACAGGCCAAUGCUGUCACUGUGAAUCAGUAUAAAGCAGUAUUAAACAACUGUCAUGUAAUGAUA